UGGGAACUAGGCGUGGGAAGUGAGAACUUUCUGGCUGCUGGCGAGCGAGCGAGGAGUUCAGCUGGUGGUUGCGCUCCAUACAGCCGAGGUUUGUUUUCCUCCACUGCGAAGCGUGAAGCGCUCCAGCCCUUGUUUCAGGAAGAAAACGCAAACCACACGUAAAAGGACUCUGGUUUGUGGAAAGGGUUCUGUGCAGCUCAUCCACUGGCUCAUCCAGGUGCCCCUACAUAAUCCUUGUCUUUUGUUACUGGCGUUGCAAUGGCGGCUGUGCCUUCAGCGGGCUCUCUUCUAGCCAAAAAUCAGUACUACCGAACCCGGCUGAAUUCUGACUGCAGUGUUUCUUCAAGCAGUUCAUCUUGCUGUUCUGAACCCAUAACCUUCUCAGAGCAGGAUAAACCCCUUCAUGGUUUACCUGAAGUGUUUGAAAGAUGCUGGUGGAUAAAAAGUUUUUUCCACUGUGAAUCAAUGCCUCAGGAUGUAGGCAGGAAAACUUUAUCAGCCAGUAGUGCUAACAGCUGACCUGGAUAUUAAUAUGAGUGUUCUACAGUGGCACUGGACAAAGACUCAUUUCUUUUGUGAAGAAAGACUGCUUGCAACUUCAGUGGCAAGAGAAAUGCAGUUUUCCAAAUGCAAUUUUUUUCUCUCAUAGCUUAUUUGUAAGGCAAUCAGCAAUUCAACUUUCCUUGUAUGUUACAGAGUUCUUGAUAGCAAACAGGUAUUCUACAUUUCAUCAUAACUCUUGUAUAUCAUUGGAAGAACUGUGAAUGAAAAGUCUUGCUGUAAUGGAGGGGAUGCUAAUUAACCAGUGUUUUCCUUUGCUAAAUUAAAAAAAAAAAACUACUGUUGACUGUCUGGGACAAAAGCUUUAUGCUGCUGUAACAUUAAGUACAAUGGUUCAUUCUUUAGCAGUAAAAUAAACCCAUUUUCCCAUAGUUUUAAGAUUUAGAAAGUUAUCUUAUUAGCUUCAUACCUGUAAUUAAACUAAAUCUGUUCAUAGUUGUUUUUAAAUUAUUUUAAAAUUCUAAAUAGAUAUGUAUAGACUAUCUGCCAAAGUUUGGAAGGAACCUUGCUAAAGUUUUAUAUAUGUAAGACUCCAAUGAAGAAAGAAUUGUAUGUAAGCCCCAGUCUUCAACAUAUUUCAGGGAAGUGGAUUCAAUUGAUUUCACUGGAACUUUCUUCCACAUGGCUGUAAUUUGCACCAGUAUUGACAGCAGAUAUGUGGAAUGCAAUUUAUACAUCUUGCAUUUUAUACUGAAGGUAAUUUCAGAGGUCUGUGCAAAUGUACUUGAUUUUUACUUGAUAUUUGCUUUAAAAGCAGAAAAGAACAGGACUUGUUCUCUCUCUCUGACUUGUCUACUUAGUGGAUGAAGAACUUCCACUUCCAAUUUUAACUCUAAAGAAUUAAAUCACAAAACAAAAUAUCUGGUUAUUAGAAAGAUCCAAGUCUUUGUAAUUAAUUUCAUCAUUUGAUAUUUCCUUUUCAUUAGGAGGUAUUACUUAUACCAAGAUGAUUGCUCAUUUACAUACAGAUUUGUAGUACCCUGUGUGCUCAUAGUGUUUUAAUAGUCUUGCUUUAUCAUUAUGCUAUUUAGCAUGCCUAGAGACACACAGUAUUUAAACAGAGAAUCCAAUGGGAGAAAAUGAAUGCAGGGUAAAUUACAGUGGAGAAGACUUAAAGUUCGUGAAGGGAAACAAAUGGUUAGUUUUGCUUUGUGGCCUUACAGUUUAUUCAUCAGUUUCUUUGUAAAAAUUGUAUAGUAUUUUCAAAGUAAUGUCUUAAUGUACAGAAUUAACUAUUUUUACUACUUUUUUACUAAUAAAACUUGAUAAAUAUGC